CAAAUGACUGAGCAUGCAAACAGUAUCUGUUACAGACAAGGGAACUAAAUAUAUUCUGAGCCGGACAACGACAUGCACAUGUAAAUCUCACAGACAUCAGCUCACUCUAGAGAAUCUCCAGUAGGACACUGUACUUCUAUCAGCUGUUAACUAAUCCUGAUUGUUUGGCUGUGGCAGGAUUCAGUUCUGCGCAAGAAGGCAAUCACUGAGUGCAGAUUACUAAUGACAGUUUAUGUACGAACCAUGGCAUGGAAUGUGACCUAAACAUCUAAAAUGAGUGGGUACUAAAGAGAGGCAGAGUUUGGACAUCGACACUGCCUCCCUCUUGAGGGCAGAUUGUUGUUAUUUAAGGUCAUGGGACUGUCAGAUAAAGCCGUGAUUGGCCGAGGCCUCAAUAGUCCUGACCAAUUAGUGCGUGAGGCCUACCUGAUGGCAUAUGACUAUAUCAACUAUGUGACAGCCAAACCAGGCGUCCUGGUGGGUCCAGCACCAUCCCGUGCCACGGCCGCCCUGCGUCACGCUGGAGAUGAGCUGCUCACUCGCUUCCCCAUCUUCUUUCGCCGCUGGCCGCGUGUUUUCCAGGACGUGACAGACCGAACAGCCUGCUCGACCCUCGUUUCCAUUCUGGAUGAGCACUUUGCACCCACACGACGUAGAGAGCUCGCCUGGAGCGCCGUGCUGUCUGUGUUUGUUCUCUCUGGACAGCUGGCACUGCACUGCCAGGAGAAGGGCAUGUCUGAUAUCCUGCCUCAGAUUCAGGAGUGCGUGGGCAGCUACGUAGAGAGGGUCAUCUGCCCCGAGAUCAGGGACAGAGGAGGAUGGUCAGGUUUUAUCAGUCGGUUCGGCGAGAAGCAGAAUCUCGAGGACCAGGUGAUGAAGGUGUGCUGCUGGUCUCUGCUCCUGCUUGGUGUGGGGAUCUUAGCCUACUUCCUAUGGAGAAGAACAACUUAGACAACUGCGACAUCUGCUGAGAAAAUGUAAUAAGGACAUUCAUGAUUCGCUUGGUUUGUGGUAAGAUUAAGUCAACCGAUUUACUGGUUUUUAAGCUAUUAACACAAAUUGUUAUAUAAUAACUAUGAAAAAUAACCAAUCCCUUGUUAAUAAAUACCAUGUUAUCAACAGUUGUUUCCAGUUAAAACAGCUCUAAUUAUUCUGUGCUGGACAAAUAUAGUUAUGACUUAAUUUUACCGAAGCUAAUAUUCAUGUUAAAAUACCAAUUAAAACAUUUUGACCGCA